UUGCUAUAUGGGGCUUGGCUUUCUCACUGUAUGUGAUCCAUACACAGCAUCAACAAGCCUGGAUUACAUUUACACUCUACCGACAUCAAAAUAGAGAUAGGAUCUUAUAUUGUGCUUACAAACAGAGGUGAUCCAUCAAUGCAUUUCAGUAGUAAACAUGACAAACACGGGGGCUUCGGCCAACCUCCAAUCAAGAUUAAGCGCUCCCUACCCCUAGAACCAAAAGGUCAGAACUUCAGCACCCACGAAAAGAUUCUGCUCCUUGAUCUGAUCUCUAAACAUGGCCGUCAACUGGUGGAUGAGAACGACACCUUGUCCAUUUUUCGCCGCACCCGCAUCUGGCGCGUUGUCUACACGGAAUUCAACCAGCAUCAAGAGGUCAGCCAAAGAACGGAGAAGCAGUUACGACUGCUUUGGAAGAACCUGAAGGCAAGGUGUAAGCGAGAGUUCCGCCUCAAUGCUAAACAGUAUAACACACCUGGGUAUGUUAUAACGGACCCACUUCUAAGGAAGAUGAGUACUCUGGUAGGAAUAGAGGGUGAUCUUCUGGCUCCGGUCCUGGUCGUUAGACCUAACCACGAAACAAGGACGGUUUUCCCUCCACCAUGUCAAUUGCAGGUGAAGCUUAAUCGAGUCAACAUGGAGGCACCCAUCAAGGAUCUUGGUCGGCGUGUAGGAUGUACGAUGAGUGAUUCGAACCAGGUCCAUACUUCUCCUGGUCCAGGAACGGUCCAGGAACAGAGCAGGACUGGAGAGACUUCCAGUUCUACAGCCGUCCGCAAGGUAGACGAACUCGCCAUCAGUCGCAGGAAGAAAGCCAUACCGAGAAAAGCAUCGGAAGCUGUUAAGUCAGAAGUGAUCGAGAUUGAUGAUGACAUCAUUAAGCUUGAAGAAUCUGAGGAUAUUUGUCGACGGUUCUAUGAUGACAUUCGAGACAAUGAUUCAAAUACGCAGUCUAACGGCGACGGCUGGCUUGAAGACGGUCCUCCAUCGGACCCGACAAGAACAUAUCUUCAAGACGAAGACCCCGUAUGUCCUAGGGCGGAAACAUCGCACGCUACCGUCGCACGCGCGGCGAUCCCUCAGAACAACCUACAUCACCACAUGCCGAUCCGCGCACGAAAACUGAUCAAGAUCCAUAGCCAACACCAAGAGCGCCAUCUAUCGGAUGAUUAUCUCAAAACUGUGGAGGAUGAAGGGGGUGAAGGCGCUCUACUCCAUAAUCACGAUCAAGGGCAUGAUACCGACCUGGAAGGUACAGAGACCAAAGAAUGUAGCGCGCUGGAGAAGGAGAUGCUGAAGAUGGCAAGAAAGGAGCAUGACAUGAAAAUGACCUCAAUGUUGAUGAAAAGAAAGCAAAUUAUGCAGAUCAAACGGCGUGAACACCUAGCGAAGAUGGAGAACUACAGAACGAACAAGGAGAUCCUACGACUCAAGAAGCGCAAGUUGGAACUUGAGAUUAGGAACGGCCUAUAUCUUGAAGAGGUAGAGGAUGAUCUCGAUAGUUGACCUUGAGCUUGACAUCAACAGGGACCCGUUUCACAGAGCCUUUUUUCAAUGACAAAUGACAAAAAUCAGUGACAAAUCUGCUGAUAACCAAUCAGAAGCAAAGAUUUCAGUAGCUUAUAACAAAAAUUGUCAUUUGUGACUGAUGGCAAGUUUUGUGAAACGCCCCCAGGUGAUUACACUUCCUACUUUCAGGUUUUGUUCUACCAUUGGACCUGUUGUCAAAAUCAACAACUCAGAAGGGCCGCACGACCAGUCGUCCAUACGAUGCACCCUUCAUCAUUUUUGGUCACACAUGCUUUUACAGAGGAAGUCCACACUGAUAAGUUAGUUUUAGAUCCCUUCUGCACUAGUUAGGUUUAAUGGGGAUUAGAUCUCCCUGCAAGCAGGGUCACUGACAGGUCAGGGUUAUCUCAUCAAAUUAGCUCUCAAUUAACAUAAGAAAAAGAGGAUCACGGGGGACCAAAAGGCACCGAUUAGGCAUCGUUUGCUGUAUAAAUGGCACAAGUAGCUAUAAGAAGUGCAGUAGGGCUUUAAUGAGGCAGAGAAAUGAGGGAAACAAAUAACUAAAAGUUUGAGCAAUAUCCGAUUAAAAUAGGAAAGUUAUGAAUUUUAGAUGUUGUCAUCAGUGAAACACAAAUUGGCAACACUGUGACGUAUGUUGCGAGGUAAUCUCCAAAUUACUCUGUACCAACAAAAAAAAUCAUAAACUUUCAUUUUCUUAGUUAUUGAUAACGGAAUAGAUUCGUUUUAUACAGGGGUUGUAGCAAGCAUAUUUGCAUUAAUCAUCUUGGGGUGAAUGUAUGAUUGUUUUGUUUUUUAGUGUAGGGUAAAGGGGCGGGGAACUCGCGAGACACUUCCCAGAGUUGUCAACUUGCGUUUAAUUGAUCGCACCUUCAAAAUUCAUAACUUUCUUAUUUUUGAUCGGUUUUUGCUCAACAUUUCAUCCAAACCACCUUGAUAUCACGAUGGACUUCUCCUUUAACAUAAAAGCAGGUUUUAAUCGCACGGUGCACGCUCAGUUUGUAUUGUAGAUGUGAAAUGCACUAUUCUUUGUUCACCAUAGCGCCUAGCUCAGAAUCUGCCCGGUCCGUUAUAAUUCCCUACACACUUGAUUCAAGCCGUCGUAGAUGGUACAUGAUACAAAUCACCCCUAAAUGUCCAGAGAUCUUUUAAUCAUGGAGAAGUCCAACUUCCUGCAUGUUAGAAUAAUCGUUGCCAAAGGGAUGGAGGUGCUUCAUGAAUAGCUUUUGCUUGCCCCCUUGAAAUGAAUGCUUCAACCUGUGUAUCACAGAAUGUACCGCAGGUGCAUAAUUGAAUAAUGAUUGCGUAUCUUUCACAAACACACAUGCAAUAUUAUAUUGUCUUGGUUGGUUUUAAUAAUAAUAAUAGUUCUUAUAUAGCGCUUUUCAUGACCGAAGCCCCUCUCAAGGCGCUUUGCAGAUAUAUAUUAUCAUCCCGGUCAUCGGAUUCCGGCUUACCUGCACACAAUGUAUGCACAUUCUCGACUCCCUGAGGAGCAUUCCAGCGAAGCGUCAUUUUUUCAAGCGCACACUUGCUAAUCUAACCCCAUUAGCUUUCGCAUCCUACCGGGUACCAAAUAUAGAUCAAUAUCUUGCCAAAGGACAUUAGUUUUUACCCCACUUUCUCACCUUAUAAUCUUCACCUUUUCAAAAAAAUAUAAGCCUUGUGUUUUGUUAUGAUCUAUCGUAAUAUUUGGAUGUAAGUUUUUCUGGGAGUAAUUGCAAUCUGUAAAUACAGUUCGGCUUGCACCCAAUAAGAUCGCGUGCUUGUAUAUAAACACAAAGUCAGAAAAAGUAUUGGAACCAGCGGGAGUAAAACAUGCCAGGCAGCGACUCUACCACCAGAUCAAGAUCGUUGCCUGGCAAUUUACAGGGUGCUAGCCGAAGUUUCUAUUCUAAUGAUGUUUUGUAACGAAUGUAAAACUCUUUGUUGUCAAUCUGUGCUGUUUAUGGUUCAUCAUUUAGAAAACAAUUGUGUUCUUCAAAUAAACAUGUUCAUGCAGGUCUGAAUGAUGAAAUUAAACGUAAGGUCAAAUUUGCAAAGUGUUUCUAAAAAUAAACUACAUGUAUUGACAUUA